CUCGCCUUAUCUCCUCCCAACGCCAUUGAAUCCAAUCCAAUCCUCUAGGCUUUACCUCCUCCUUCUCCCUCCUUGAGGCGACCGGGUUCGUUUCUUGGCUGGUUUUCUUGGGCGGCGAUCGAUCGAUGCGCAUGGAGGGCGGCGGCGGCGGCGGCCAUGGCCAUCACGGCGGCGGCGGCGGUGGCCAUGGCCAUCACGGUGGCAUCGGAGGAGGGGAGGCGCAGAUCAAGGGGACGCUGACGCACGGCGGGAGGUACGUGCAGUACAACGUGUAUGGUAACCUGUUCGAGGUUUCGUCCAAGUACGUCCCUCCCAUCCGCCCCGUCGGCCGCGGCGCCUGCGGCAUCAUCUGUGCGGUUGUGAAUGCGCAGACUCGUCAGGAGGUGGCAAUCAAGAAGAUCGGCAACGCGUUCGACAACCAGAUCGACGCCAAGCGCACCCUGCGAGAGAUCAAGCUGCUUCGGCACAUGGAUCAUGAUAAUGUCAUCUCAAUAAAGGACAUCAUACGGCCACCAAGGAGGGAGAACUUCAAUGAUGUCUACAUUGUCUAUGAGCUCAUGGACACUGAUCUUCACCACCUUCUUCGAUCAAACCAGCCACUAACAGAUGAUCACUGUCAGUAUUUUCUCUAUCAGGUACUACGAGGAUUGAAGUAUGUGCAUUCAGCAAAUGUCUUGCACAGAGACCUCAGGCCAAGUAAUUUGCUGCUGAAUGCGAAAUGCGAUCUUAAGAUCGGAGACUUUGGAUUAGCAAGGACCACAAAUGAAACUGACUUCAUGAUGGAGUAUGUUGUUACUCGAUGGUACAGGGCACCUGAACUCCUGCUAAACUGCUCAGAGUACACUGCAGCUAUUGAUAUCUGGUCGGUAGGCUGCAUCCUUGGUGAGAUCGUUACAAGGGAGCCUUUGUUUCCUGGAAAGGAUUAUGUCCAUCAGCUGAGGCUAAUAACUGAGUUAAUAGGCUCACCUGAUGACUCGAGCCUUGGGUUUCUUCGAAGCGACAACGCCCGCAGAUAUGUGAGGUCGCUUCCUCAAUACCCCAAGCAACAAUUCCGUGCACGGUUCCCCACUAUGUCUAGUGGUGCCAUGGAUUUGCUUGAGAGGAUGCUUGUGUUUGAUCCCAGCAAAAGGAUUACUGUUGAUGAAGCUCUGUGCCAUCCAUACUUGGCAUCCCUUCAUGAGAUAUAUGAUGAACCAGUCUGCCCAGCGCCUUUCAGCUUCGAUUUCGAGCAGCCGUCGCUCACCGAAGAAGAUAUCAAGGAGAUCAUAUGGAGGGAGGCACUUAAGUUCAACCCUGAACCAAUUCACUAGAUGAAUUUCCAAUGAAGAACGGAAGCAGAUCACACUGGCAGAUGAUCAUCCAUCCACUCCUUGGGGAAGACAUGAGCCAACAGCAUGAUGUAUAGUUGAUCACCCUCUCAGCAUCUCAUCUUGUGGCUUGUCAGCGACACCCUGACAUCGCAAAUUCGGACAUUUAUGAAAACAAGAAAAGCUUGAUCAAAUAAUUUGUAGUACGAAAAAAAUCAGGAGCUUAACUGUAUCUUCUUGUUAGAUUUGUAUCUAUCCCAUUUGGUUGUAUGCUUAAGAAACCUGGGAGCUUGUCACUAGUUAUGGAGGUACAGCAAUCUCCAGAUACUCUUCAGUCAUCAGUUCAGUUCACCAGCUGCAAAGAUGCUCUAGACUCUAAGUGAACUUAAAAUUAUUUCGAUAUAAUGUGCACUUACUCAUUGGACUCGUCA